AUGUCGAGGUUUAACCUUUUUGUUUUGAUAUGCACAUUGAUGAGUGGAUUCGUGAUGUCACAAGAAAUGACAAAGGAUGAGAUGGCCACCUACAAUAAGUUUCUUGCUGAUCAGAAACGAUUAUGGAAGGAUUUAUUCACAGAUUACGAUUCAACCCUCAGUGCGAUCUACACGUUACACAAGUCCCAAUGGAUCGAUCAAAACACGACAACUCAUCCUCCAAUCACACAACUCACUCUGAUAAUGGCUAUGCUGAAAUUGGUUGAUGUGACUGAAGUUGAAGAAAAAGUCACAUUUAUCUUUGACUAUUCCGCCGAGUGGACUGAUCACAGACUCAAAUGGAAUCCAUUGGAAUAUGGGGGCAUUAGCCAUAUUUAUGUGCCACAGAAGCAGAUAUGGCUGCCGGAAAUUACAAUUGCGGAUGCACAUGAAGUGAAAUUCUUCGAGUCAGAUGAUGCGCCAAGGACCGCAUGGAUAAAUUUCAACGGAACAGUCGGCUUUUACACAUCUACCGUAGUAUCUGUGAUUUGUCAACUUGAUGUCUUCAAAUUUCCGAUGGACGAGCAUGAAUGUGGAGUCAGUGUGCUAUUUCACACCUAUUUUGCAGAUGAGUAUGGUAUUAAAGGAGAGAUGGAAAAGAUUGAAAAACCACUUUCUCAACUGGGAAACGGUGAAUGGAAAGUGUCUCACAUCGGCGUGGCAGUGCAACCAGCUGGAAAUGCGGACUAUGCUGCAACUCAAAGAUUUAUCGCAAGAUUCCAAAGAAACCCCGGAUUUUAUGUUGCUCUGGUCAUGGUUCCUGCGUUUUUUAUCAACUUUCUCUCGAUCAUCGCCUUGUUCCUCAAUAUAGAAAACGUUGGGGAAAAGGUGAGAAAAGAUAGAUGCCGUGGAGUGUUUGUCCGAAGUGAUCGUGGUAGAGGAACCUCUCUCAAACAGUAUUUUAUUGAACAAAUUACUGUGGGGCUCACAAAUAUUAUGGGAAUGACUUUUAUUCUGGUGAUUUUGGCAGAGGAUCUUCCGAAGACUGCGAGGAUCCCUUUGCUAGCGAUAUACGUCAUCGUCGGCUUAGUCAUUGUCAUGUCCUCGAUUGUAGUCGUUCUGAUUAUUCCUGUUGUUCGGAAGUAUCAGAAGAAGAAGAAGAACAAUUCAAAACAGAAAUUCGGAGAAUCUUCCAAGUUCGAAAGACUCUGCAACUGGAUAAGAAUAGAGUUUGUUCUGAUGUUUAUCUUCCAAGCCGCUAAUUUCAUCAAUUUUAUAAUUCUCUUCUUAUGA